AUGGCCGCCUCCUCAUCGAAGCCAUCGAGCUUCCUGCUCUACUCCUGCAUCGCCCACCGCACAACCAUCCUCGCCGAACACUCUUCCCCAGGUACAUCCUCGAGCGCCGCCUCGUCCCUCGCUUCCAUUAUCCUCCCCAAGAUCAGCCACGACCAACCGCAAAAGCUCACCUACACCCACCAGCGUCUCUUCGUGCACUACAUCGCCGACUCACCCGCAACGCCCAGCACCCCCGAUGACCCCCGCCAAGGCGAACCCAACUCCUACGCGCCCCUCAGCUACAUCGUCGUCGCAACCGCCGAACAAGGCCGCCGCAUUCCCUUCGCUUUCCUCCUCGAAAUCAAGCGCAAGUUCCUCACCACCUAUUCGCCCUCCAGCACGGACUUCUCUGCUCUACCGGCUUACGGCUGCGCCGCGUUCAACAAUGAGCUCCGCUCGCUGCUGCAGACGUACAAUACGGCCCCGCCGGCGGAUUCGCUGGCUUCGGCAAAGCGGGAGAUCGAUAGCGUGAGGAACAUCAUGACGGAGAAUAUUGAGCGGGUGUUGGAGAGGGGUGAACGGAUUGAUUUGUUGGUGGAUAAGACGGAUCGGUUGGGUGGUAGUGCUCACGAUUUUCGCAUUAGGAGUCGUGGGUUGAGGAGACGGAUGUGGUGGAAGAAUGUCAAGUUGAUGGUUUUGUUGGCUGUUGUGGUCGUGUUCUUGGUGUGGUUGUUUGUGGGGAUGGGGUGCGGGUUGCCUGCUUGGGGGAGGUGUGUUGGGCAUAGUCAGUAA